AUGGCCGCCUUUUACGGCGGGGCACCAGCCUCAUCAGCAGCCUCGUCCGUUGCCCCUGGCUCGCCCCUCUCUCGAAGAUCAACGAUAGCCGGGCCAUCAGCCUCGUCGCGUUCACGCCGCACCAUGACAAGCUCGAGCUCGCGCUUCGACGACGACGACGGUUCCUCCAUCGCAUACAGCUCCUUCCCGAGCACGCAGUCACCGGUGCCGCCAGCCUCGACCACGUCGACGGUCCGGCCAUUUCCCUUCUCGCACAACGAUACCGAGCGGUCGCACCUAGCCUACGAGACGCUGGCCUCGAGCGCAAAGGCAUAUCGCGUGGCCCUAGGGCAGCUGUCGGUGGCGGCAUCCAACUUUGGCGCCGCCCUGGAGACGUGUGCGCGGCUGAAGGAGGCUCGCACGCAGCCGUACCCGCCAGGGCCCUACAACGAUGGCAGCGGAAGCACGUCGACGGCCGGUGGUGCCAGCAUGUACGGCAGCGGCAUGCUGAACGGAGACGGCGGUGGCGGCGAGCCUUCUUGCACGGCCGACGUGCUGCUGGCCACGUCGGGGCUCUACUACCUGACGGCCAACCAGCAGGGCAUCCUGGCCGAGACCGUGUACCGCUCCUUUGAGCUGCCCAUUGUGCACGAGCUGGACCGUUAUCGCGCCGAUGUCGAGGCUGAACAGGAGAGCUACGCAGCCGGCAUGCGGGAGGCUGGUCGCGACAUCCGCCGUCUCGAAAAGGACGGCGUCAAGCUACGCAAGCCACGCCAGCGCGACGUCGGCCGCAUGCGCAGCCACCUCGUCGCCAUGACUGUCGCCCUCGACGCCCUCACAGCCCGCCAGGGCACCCACGCCGUCGCCCUGCUGGACCAGAGCCGCGACAUGAGCGGUGUUGUCAGCCAGGCUAGCCGCAACCUCGUUCGCGCCGAGCUCGACAUCCUCGACAGCCUCGCCCGCAAAGGCUGGCCUGGUGGUGGUCUCGACGUCGUCCUUGACGGCGCCGUCGAUCUCUUCUCCCGCAACGGCUACUACGACGACGACGACGACGACGGCAGCGGCGGCAUCGGUGGCGUCGCCGGUGUCGGAGGCAUCGGCAGCAUCGCUGGCAGCCUUGGCAGCAUCGGUCGUAACUCCUCCAGCGCUGCCGUCUCGGGCGCCACCGACCUCGGUCUCGGUCUGGGUCCCAAGCUGCUGCUGCUUGGCGGUAGUGGCGGCCCUGUGUCCUCUCGCCUCGACUCCGACGUCGACGACGACGAUGACGACCUGAACGGCCUCCACAUCAUCCAUCGUGGCCGCGUCGACAACAGCAACAACGAUGAGGACGAAGACGAUACCUUGACCAUAUCGGAACGGCGUCCUAGGCCACGCUCACAGUCACGUGACGACACUGCUGUAGGCGAAGACGAGGAGGGAAGCCCGACAGAGAAGGCACACGUGCAGCCACACGCGCGGCACAGCCGUGCUGAUAGCCUGACUGUCGGGGGCCACGAGUACCAGAGCCUCGACGGCGUGGCAACGGCACAGACAGACAGGGCUGCAGUUGUGUCGGCUCUGGCGUCGGCCUCGUCCCGGACUCGGUCUCCUGAUGGCAACGGCCGUCGCUUCGGUCGAGCACGGCCGUUUUCCCCGCAGCGCGUGGCCGUCGACCGAGACUUGUUCACGGGCGUAAAACCGAUGAGAUCGUCGAUUGAGAUACAAACCCUGGCCUCUGCUAAUACUGUAGAAACAGCGCCAGGACUAACCUCGGCAGAGAAAGAAGAACGAAGCACGCAACCGACGAGUGCUGUUGUGGCAGAUGGACAGGGAGACACACCUCCGACUGAAGAUAUAGAUGGCAGUACAACAGAAGAUGCCGACGAGGGCGUACAGGCGUGGCGGCAAGGACUAUGA